AUGCAUAUUCAGUUACUUUUCGGCGUGGUGCUACUCUCUCAUGCUCUUGCUGCACCUCUUAUCUUAGAGAGGCAGUCGAGUAUCCCGUAUGGCACUGUCAUCACAAGAUGUACACAACCAGGUGUCGUCGCUCUGACUUUCGACGAUGGACCUUUCAUAUACACCGAGGAGCUGCUAGACACUAUUGCAGCAAGCGGGUUCAGGGUGACGUUCUUCGUAAACGGUAAUAACUACGAUAACAUUAACAACCACGCUUCGACCAUUCAACGUAUGGUCGCUGAGGGUCACCAGGUCGGAUCUCACACAUGGGACCACGGAGACCUAGCCACCAUGGACACCGCCGGAAUCACCUCCGAAAUGACGCAGCUGGAAGAUGCUUUGGUCGGCAUCCUGGGGUUUUUUCCACAGUACAUGCGCCCGCCCUACUUCAGUUACAACGACAACACGCUUGCCACGCUCGGUGACUUGGGAUAUCAUGUGAUUCAAGCUGAUAUCGAUACCCUGGACUGGCAAAACAGCACGCCCAGCACCAUUGGUGGUAGUGAAGAGAUCUACGAGGAAGGGCUCGAGAAUGGAGGGACGCUCAGUCUCAUGCAUGAUGUGUAUCAGACUACGGUGGAGACUUUGGUGCCUCAGGCUAUCAAAGAUAUUCAGGGAAGGGGGCUGACUUCUGUUACUGUAGGAGAAUGUCUUGGCGAUCCUGCUGCCAACUGGUAUCGGACGUCGCGCUAG